AUGGCACCUUCACAGCAACCAAGAUCUGUUUCCAGCAUGGGGAACUGGGAGUCAUCUCACCUCGACAGGAUGUGGGUUAACGAUCUUAUGGAACUUCAUCGACAGGACCUAAAACAACGAGAAGUGAUGUCAAUGAUCCGGCGACAGGCAUUCAGCAUGGAGAAUUACCCUGACAUUGAUAAAGAGAAGCUUCUCGCAGAACAUGUCACCGAACGCUGGAUUAAGAAUGUCAUCUUCGUUAGGGAUGGACAGAAGUGUAUCAUCGCGAAAGACAUUGGUCAGCGCAAAGACUUUUGGUUCCCAUGGUUUGAGGAGCACUUCGACAAUAAACACCGAAAGUAUUGCGUCGAUCAGCGUGGCCGAACACUCAGCGAAGUUGACCAUACAAGCAAGAACCGCAGAGCUUUCAUGGAGGACACCCAACACAAGAGCGAGAAAGGAUGGCACUUACCUCAAAGCCAUGAUCGCCAUAUCUUCAAAUUUCCUCGUGAGAUCUUCGACAAUGUAAUGGGUCAUCUAGUGCAAGUUAUGGAUGCCGCACUUGUGCCUCAAAUCGCGACGACGAAUUGGAAAAGAGAGUUUUCUGGCUCACCCCACUACAUGCCUGGUCAAGACUGUAAUCCAUAUACAACGACUGAGGUCGGUGUACUCACCACAACUGUACAUGGCAGACUAUUGGUAUUGCGCAGACUUCACCAAAGUCAAAUAGACGCUACUUGUCUACGAGUGUGUAAAGCCUGGAACCAGACGGGAGGUAGAUUAUUAUACCAUUUCAACUGCUACGAUUUCAAGACCAACAAUCCGAGUAGCGAAUCAAGUCCUGGAAGUUGGAUUGACGGCGAUUUUUGGCGACCAUCUCCGCGCAAACCCUUUGUCACAGCUAGCGACGAUUCAUCUAGAAUCUUUAAUGCCAAAAUCCAGAAGGGCAUUAGAGACAUUCAGAGGCGAGUGACGAUCAAGAAAUUAGUAGGAUGGGUAUACCACGAUCCAUUUCUACGCUUCUUGUAUAUGAUUGGCGUCAAGAAUGCAGCCCUUCUUCGCACCCUGUCAUUUUCUGGUGAGGUUCGCUGUCACCAAUGCGAGCAGGGUCACUUUUGCGAUGACUGUCUUUUGGAUAGCUUUCGGGUUUACAUUCCCGUUAUGAAUGCGCUUUGUCCCAAUGUACAGAAAUUGAUUUUGAAUAUCAAAACAGACAGCCAAGCACAGCUGGAGGCUGCAAACAUAUUCGAAAGGAAGGUCCGUGAGUUUUUCGAGGGCGAACUUCGAAAUUUGAGAUUUCUUACGGAACUGGUGGUAGUCGAUUUGAUAGUAGAUGGCUACGAACUACCAGAUGGUGAUAUUGGAAGUAUUUCAACCGCUCAGCUCGCAAAGCCAACGGUCAGUUAUUUCCGAAAAAGAGCUUCUUAA